AACAAGCACAGCAGCAUGAACGCAAAGGUGAUAAUUUUUUUCGCCCUCGUGGCCCUCGCCGUUGCGGAGGAACACAAGCCACAAGCCAAGCUUGAAAAAGCAGCUGUAGCACCAGUUGCCGAUGCUCCCAAGGCUGCAGCUAAACCAGCGGACACGAAGAAGGACAAACGAGGACUUCUUGGAUUCGGCUACGGAUCCGGAUGGAACUCCGGUCUCGGCAUCAACAGUUACUCUUCCCUGGGAUCUAGCUACGGAUCUGGCUUCAACUAUGGAUCUGGUCUCAGCUACGGAUCUGGUCUCGGCUACGGAUCUGGACUUGGCUACGGAUCUGGUCUCGGCUACGGCUCCGGUCUUGGUUUGGGCGAAAGUGUCAGCUCAGUGACGAUCACUAAGGAAGUCCCAGUGGCGGUUCCCCACCCAGUUGCCGUCCCCGUUGAGAAGCACGUCGCCGUUCCCGUAAAAGUGCCGUACGCGGUUCCUGUCGACAGGCCAUACCCCGUCCAUGUGCCAAAGCCAUACCCAGUUGAGGUCACCAAGCACGUACCCUACCCGGUGGACCGUCCUUACCCAGUCCCCGCUCCGUACGCCGUCAAGGUCCACGUUCCAGCCCCUUACGCAGUUGGAGUGCCCCAGCCCUACCCUGUCCCCGUUGUGAAGCACGUCCCAGUCGCCGUUUCGCACCCAGUUGUCGUCGAGCGUAACAACGGAUGGAACUCAGGAUGGUCUGGUGCGUCCAGCUACUCAUCCUGGUAAACGUGAGUCUCGUUGUGGAAGGAGCACGAAUCGGAAACUGUUUUAUUCUACGAAUUGAUUGUGCCGAUUGCACAGACUUCGUUUCCACGAAGAACCGGUUGCUGACUUAUUAAAGGAAACGGAAGCAGGGAUAAGGAAAAAAAGAGAGGAAGCCUUGUCCUGGCUUUUGAUGGUUUUCUAACACCCUCAAUUCGUUGAAUUGAACUAUGAAUAUACAAGUGCUCCUUAUUCGGACAUUCGAAAUCGUUCAGGGCAAUAGUGUUUAUUUUAUUAAUGUUCUCAUUCUUUCGAAACUUUCAUUCGGCAUGUAUGUACAUUUUUCUUUUAUAAAAAAAAAAAAAAAAAAAAUAUACAUUCAUGCACGUGUUUUAUACAUUGCGAUGCCUUUUGCAUUAUACAUACACGUACUACGUGUGUUAGAUAUAAUAAGAACUUUGACAUUCCUGUUCAAUAAAAAAUGUUAAAUAUACAUG